AAUAUAAAGUGGGACCCACAGAGGAGCACACAACACUAUUUAGUGUAGACCCCUUCCUGAAGGAGCUGCAGCAGUCACCAUUUCUGUUUACUGGCAGUAGCAGCUAGUGAUUUGUACAUAUAUUUGCACAAAAUAUAAUUUAGGGUGUACUGCUUCACCAACCAAAAUCAGUGCUUUGUGCUCAAACUUCAUUUCCAGUUAGGUCCAAAAUGUUCCUGAGUUCCGUUCUGAAUUUGCUUGUUAACACCCAAAAAUUGUCAAAUUUGACAAGAUAUAAUAAAUAAUCUUUGGGGUAAUUUGAGCUGAAACUAAACAUUUUAAAAACCCAUUCUGGGAACACCAAUGAUUUGCAUCUUAUCAUGAACAGGGAUAUAUUGCGAUGAUGAUGAUGAUGAUGAUGUCGUUCCAAUCCUGAGAUCUUCAUUCAUGAACACAAAGGAAGAUAUUUUAGAUGAAAUGCGAGAGCUCCCUCAUCUUCCAUGGACAGCAACAGUCCAGAGAGUUCAGAUAAGGAAACAAGAACAUUGUCAAAACAUUGACUUCAUUGACAUCCAUCUGACUUCAACUGUAACAAUAUGAAGGUCUCUGGGGAUUGGAACGACACAAGGGUGAGUAAUUAUUAACAGAAUUUUCAUUUUUGGAUAAACUAAUACAUUAAGGAUGCAAACAAAUGCAGAUGUCAAAUUACACCUCAGUAUUUACAAUCUUUAAACAUUAACAGCAAUCUAGCAAUGAUUGGCAGAGCAGGCAAUCGUGUAAGUGUUAUCUUUUGUUAAGAUAAAUCGUGCAAACUUAAAAAUGUUAACGUAAUGCCACACUGCCCUCUCUAGCUGAGGGGAAAGUAGUGAAGUGUCCUCGCAUCCUGUGGUCACCUAGGUGAGAAUACACACAACGCUUUUAUGGCCUCUUAUCUGUUCUGUUUAAACUGCCGCCUCCACUCCUAUUUCCUCUCAGUACUGUGGAAUUAACUGAAACACUUUAUAUUAAAUAAACACUGAUUAAUCUGCCACACGCAAAUGUAUAUGCAUCUACUUCUGGAUGCAGCCGUCGCGGGUCUCGCUGUUGUCUAAGAUCAAUGGCAUGACUGGCACGGCCAUGUGAGAUUUACCAUCAGUUUAUCCUCGUUCAUUUCCUGAAAACAAGUUUGUUAUCGUUUUUCCUUUUCGUACUUGAGUGACUCAUGGAUUCUCUGUUGCUCUCUCAUUCCUACCAUAUAAAUACAGCUUUAAAGGGACAUGUCUUCUGUGUGGACCAUCGCAGUCUCUGGAGGUCUUGGAGACUUCAUCGUUCUGUUCUUUAUUUUGUAUAUAAGUCAAACUAAAGGUUCAUUAUUCUUUUUUUUGGGAAAGUUCACUGAUUCCCUCCUGCUCAGCUUGGUCAGUCAUGCUUCUUGCCUGCUUUUUUAUAUUUUUUGCCCUUUUUCCUCAUCUUCGGUGGUGCAUGUAUGUUCCUGCACAGAAUGUGCUUCUGCAGUUUGGCACACAAGUCAGGGAACGCCUGCUUUACACAGAUGGGUUGUUUCUUGAAAUGAAUCCCGAUGGCUCCGUCAGAGGCUCUCCUGAAAAGAAUCAAAAUUGUGUGCUGGAGCUGCGUUCAGUCAAAGCGGGUGAAACCAUCAUCCAGAGUGCAGCUACGUCUUUCUACCUCUGCGUCGAUGAUCAAGACAAGCUGAAAGGACAGCAUCAUUACUCCGCAUUAGACUGCACCUUUCAGGAAUUGCUACUGGAUGGAUAUUCGCUUUUCCUUUCUCCACACUCUAAUCUUCCUGUAUCGCUCCUCUCGAAACGUCAGAAACACGGCAAUCCUCUUUCUCGGUUCCUCCCUGUUAGCAGAGCAGAGGACAGCCGGGCACAGGAGGUGAAACAGUAUAUUCAGGAUAUAAACCUGGACUCUGACGACCCACUAGGAAUGGGACAUCGCUCACACAUACAGACCGUCUUCAGUCCCAGUCUGCAUACUAAAAAAUGAAGACAUGCUUUGCAUUAACACUGGACUGCAAGGUUAAAAUGAUUUGUUACUGUGUUUUGUUGCUGUCAGGAACUGUAUUUAUUUAAAUAUAUUUAUUUAUUUGCUGUAUUUAAAUGAAGUAAUUUAAAUAUUGUUCUAUUAAUGUGAUUGUUUAUUUAAACAUUUAAAUGACAGACGUCUGCUGGAGCAGAUUUUACUUUCAGUUCUUUUUUAAGUUCACCGAGUCCGUAUGAUUUUUGCUUGAUUAAAAAUUUUAAUAAAUAAUAUUCCAACAUGGCUCAGUUUUACACAAUUCAUAGAGCACACACAUACACACCCGAUAUAACAGCAGAGAU